AUGGCAGGCCGCGUCUUGCAUUCCGUCCUCCUCCUAGCCGCAUUGGCGCCUGCAGUCUUCGCCCAAGCGACCUGCGGUGGCGGCGUGCUUUGUCCUUCAGAUACACCUUGUUGCUCACAAUACGGCCAAUGUGGUGUUGGCGCCUACUGUCUGGGAGGUUGCGACCCUGUCAACUCGUUCAGCCUCGAUUCCUGUGUUCCCGCACCUGUCUGUCAAUCCAAGACUUACAAGUUUGACGACCUCGACCGUGUCAUGUCCAACACCAAAUACCUGGGAGAUGCCAGCAAGUCCGACUGGGUAUCUUCGGGGACGCCGCUGUCCUACAACGGUACGGUGCUGUUGACCAUGGCUGAAAACACGGUCGGGACCCUACUGGCUAGCACACACUACGUCUGGUAUGGAAAGGUGGCUGCCAGAUUCAGCACUUCCGCGGGUGCCGGUGUGGUGACGGCUUUCAUUCUGCUGGGUGAUUCCAAGGACGAAAUCGAUUUUGAAUUCAUUGGGGUGGACUUGGAAACGGCGCAGACCAACUUUUACUCUCUGGGCAUUACGAACUACACCAAUGCGGUCAAUGCUACUGGCUUGAGCGACACUCGCGAGAACAUGCACGACUACGAAAUCGACUGGCAACCCGACACCAUCACAUGGUCCAUUGACGGCAAUGUGGUCCGAACCCUCAACCGCGACGAGACCUGGAACGCCACAGCCAACCGCUACAUGUAUCCCCAAACCCCCGCGCGAGUGCAGUUGUCUCUCUGGCCCGGUGGUCUGGCGAGCAACGGCCAAGGUACCAUUGACUGGGCCGGCGGUCUGGUGCAGUGGAACUCGCCCUACAUGACCAAUGGGUACUACUAUGCCACCUUUGACCAAGUGAGCGUUCAAUGCUACAAUCCUCCCGCCGGCGCAAACGUCAACGGCACCAAAUCUUACAUCUUCACCGACAAGUCCCUGACGAACUCAACCGUCGAGAUCACCAACGACAACACUGUUCUCAAAUCCUUCUUGGGCACCGGUACCAACAUGUCGGCCGACUAUGCCAGCAGCUCGGCCACCGCCAGCGGAACCACCAAAUCCAGCGAUGUUGCCACGGUCCCAGGUCUGACGGGUGCAGGGCCUGGUAGUGAUGGUAAUCGUGGUUCAAAUUCGUCGGACAGCAGCAGCAGCGGUGAUGACAGCGGUAGUGACGGCGAUUCUGCAAGCGCCACGGCCGCCGCCACAGGAAGUGCAUCGACCGGCUUCGUUCAGGGCGAUGGUGGAUCAGGUUCGAAUGGCGCCGCCCAAUACGGCGGAAAUGGCGAGUCGGUCCUGCGAGGGAGUCUGUUUGCUGUCGUUGUCGCACUUGUGGGACUUUGCAUCAUGUGA